AUGCUGCUUUUGGUCCUAACGACCUUGGGUUCAGCCUUUGCAGAUGACGCAUAUUGCAGCUUGCAGAAGGUUUCUCGUGGACCAAUCGGUUUUGACAGAGAAGUUCGACACUUGGAGCGUGAGGAUGUCCAGCCAAAAGACUUGUGGACGAGACCUGGCUUGGAAUUCAGGCAAUGCCCCAAGCUUCCGGUGCUCUCAAAGAAUAUCCAGCUGCAGGUGAGACAUCAGCUCAACAACCUGAUGAAGAAACCGACAUGUUCAGGCGGACAGGUCUUGAUCGGAGACUUUAUGAAUGGCAGCUACAAAUAUACUUGUUGCAAUGCCGGUGAGCAAUGCGGGGGCUGUCGCGUUGUUAGGGACGGAGCUUGUAGGCAAUGUGCUGCUGGUUAUGUCAUGCAGACCGUACCAGUUGUCAACAUAUCCAAGUGCUUCAUGUGUGACGAUGUUCCCAACUGGCAUGAUAUGCAAGGCAGAACCUGUGCUGACCUGCAACAAGAUGGCAUUUGUUCCGGGGCAUGGCCCAAAACAGCUGACGAUGUUCAAUUCCAGGGACUCAGGCCAAGUGAGGCAUGCUGUGCAUGUGGAGGAGGAAGCGUCUAUCCGACACCUGUCUACAUGCCUUUGCAAAGCAAGUCCCUGUAUGCCGGCCAAUACGUGGAUGCCACGCCAGAGCCCAUCACAGCUGAAGUCGUGGAGGUUGCGCCAGGGUGCACCUUUGGAUCCUCCGGCCUGACUGUCGCGAGCAAUGGGAGGGUCUCAGGAGUGGUGGCCAUGAAGCAGAAUGUGACGGAGAUCAGCUGCUCCACGGUCUCCGUGCAAGAUCCUGUACGUGGGAUUGUCACUCAGACAGAUUUCUCCAUACCGCUCUCCAAGUUCUCCUAUGGAGAACAGGUGGUGUACUUCAAGUUUUGGGGCCUAGAUGGCAGCCCAUCGGAUGCAACUGUCCCGCUUCACUCAAGGAACAUGGAUGGGCCACAGUCUUUACAACUACAAUGUGACACCGCCUGUUCAUGGCUCUCAAUGAUUCCUUCCGGCGCACUCACAUGGAUUGAGACAGGAAACAGGACAGGCUUGCCAGAAGACCUGACGGAGCAGGUGACAACAUUAGCAGGAAUGCCGUCUUGCAAUUGCCAAGUGCUGGGACAUUUCCCAAUGCAGGGUGGAGUCAAGGCAGUGACGCCCCAGUUCUUGGUGUCACAAGCACGCCUUUGGAAGGGAGGUGCGUGGAAGGUUCCAAACAUCACUGCCCGCAUCUCGGAGGAGAUCUCGGAGGUACCUCUUUUGGAAGACUUGGGACCAGGCUUUCAGUGGUACAACCGUUCAGGACAUGUCUUCGAGGUGCCCAUCGUCGAGAACAUCGCCACAGGAGAGAAGUUCAUCGUGUCUAAGUCCAUCCCUCCAAGCAUUUUGGAUGUGGAGUGCAAAGUCAGUGGAAACGAAGGGAAACAACUCAAAUGGUCUCGCAUUUCUGGUGAUGUGACACUGGAAGGGGACGUGGCUUUCAAAUUGGAUCCACAAAGUGGCAUGGUCUCUGGCACUCCUGGCCUCAGUUUGCCUGCGACCCAGGGGCGAGCUGAGCUGACGAUCAACUGCCAAGUGGCUCUUGGAGGCCCCCAGUACGACCGGGCACUGCCAGUAUCUGUCUUGAGCAUCAGAGUGCUGGACGAUGUUUGUUGGGUGCCCAGCAACAUUUCUGGGACCUUUCGAUGGAACACAUUGCCAAAGGCCCAGCAAAGUCUGUGCCUGCAAAGCUGCCGUCUCCGAGAUGAUUGCGCAGCAGUUCAAUACAAGAAUGGCGCCUGCAAACUCAUGGUGAGUGACGGCAAGCCGUCAGCUUUGCAUUCUGAGGUGCUGUUGCGUUUGAACAAUUGCUCAGAUCAAGAUGCCGCCCUCAAUGUGACACUCCCGGGAGCACAGUAUCUCGAAGGGGAGUUUUCAGUGAUGAGCAUCUUUAAAGGCAAGGCUUCAUAUUCGCGUCCAGGAACAAAUCCCCAGCGGCAACUGCUGCUGAGUCGAAGAGAGAAUGUGGAGCGGGUCCCUGAAUCAUGUGCAAAGUCAAACUGGUUGUUCCUACACAUCAAUUCUUCUGACUAUGAGGAUGCAGAGUCCGUCAAUGCACCUGAAUUCUUUGGGAAUGCCAUGGCUUGCGCUGACACGGAUGUGGUUGGCAACGCCUUCAAAACUGGCCAGGCCGCCUUUGAACUGCAGCUACUCCCACCAGAACUAAGUCUAGCCAAAGCUGCCAGUCAGCCUGCCGUGCAAGGAGGAACCUUGGCUUUGUCAGUGCCAUCAUGCUCAAAACCAUUGGGCGACUUGGAGUUUGGCACGGUUGAGACGCCUGGCAUCUAUUCAUUGCAUCCCUGUGAGUGCUUCGGGGAAGCUUAUGCCAAUGUAGAGCCAGUGGAUCAUGCAUCCAAUGCGGCGGUUCCCCGCAAUGCAACGGGCUCCUUCAACAAUGGUACAGUUCCUGCUCAGCGCGUGUUCUCUGGGCCUUACGCCUGUGAAGAGACGGCCUCCGUGGGACAGUUCUUCCACCUCGACUUGGACGACUGUCACAAGGCAUGCUCUUCCAACCCAGAAUGCAAAUUCUACUUGUUCGGAAAGACCUCAGAGACUUGUACCUUGCUCCAGAGUUGCGACGACAUACAAGACGUGGGCCUACAGGUUGUGAACGAGUUGUAUGGAAUGGUCCCUCAGGAGGGAUCUUUUUGCCACAUCGCAAAUCCGCACAGAUGUUGGCAAGAAAUCAAGCGCCGAAGCAUGUUGAGCUUUACACCUUCAAACCUACCGCCUUGCCUGUUCCAAAAGCAGUUUGAGCUUUGUGAUACCAUGCAGCUUCUUCUUGGAAAGGCUGAUGGCCCUUGCAUGCGCUGCCAGUACAUCAACACUACAAGCCCUGAUGGACGCUCAUUUGCUGGAGUUGGCAUGAGUAAGAUUCCUCUUCCUGAGAUCUUUCCUCCUGCUUCGCAGAUCUCCGUGGGAUGCAACGACACCUCCAGGAUGUUUGCCAGACUGCAACAUGGACUUCAAUGGGAAGGCCCUCGUGAAAGUGAGGCGGUCUUUACGUGUGUGAGCGGUGAGUGGAUUGGCGAACAGGGUCCUUGGCAGUAUUUGUUCAAUUUUACGUGUCAAAGAUGUAUUCAAGUUGGAGAUGCCAGCCUUCAGCGUUUGUCUUUGGUCUCGAUGCCAGAGAGAUACUUCUUGGAGCACAGGGUGGUGCAUGUGACCUACCCAUUCUCCAUCAACGGCUGCACUCGUGCCAGCGCAAAAACAGCCUCUCCCCUGGUGGCCACAGAGACCCACAUGUUCCUGGAUGUGGCAAAGGAUCAACACCUCCAACUGGAGGUGCUUGAACCUGAAUCGUUGUGGUGGAUUGAUUCAACAUCUGGCCACCUACGAGUGAGAUCCAAUGUGCUUGAUCCAAACAAGGAGUGGUGUGUUUGUGACGAUGGCCAUGCUUUGCAAGCCUGUUUGUGUGAUGAGUCAUUCCAGAAGAAAGACUUCUGGCUCUUCGAGCAGGGUGUUAUUCGAGCAUCCAGCGGCACAAAAUGCCUCCAAGCUGACAAGACAUUGGCAGUGGCGACUUGCCCAAACGGCCGCGAUCUGAAGUUUCUUUGGUACUUCAAAUUUGGGAAUUGUUUCUUUGGCUUUGAUCUGAGCAACACCGCGCAGAUGCUUUGGACAGCCACCGUUGAGACGGCGGCUGAGGCGUCGCCCUUGCGUUUGGGGAAUUUGGCCUUCAAGGAGACUCGAAGCGAAGGCGAAGGCUUGUUCCAGAUAUACCUCGAUUACCCUCCUGUCAAUGCCAAACUCUGCCUCCAUGCCGACUUGACGAUGAAAUUGGGCCAGGGGUACAUGAUGCAAGUCUCAUCCGACUGCCAAUCAACUUUCCUUUGGAGAGGAACCCAUAUAGCCUAUUUUCAUCUUGGGGAUUUGACGACCACCUACUACUUGCAGACCAUCGAGGACAAAGAUCAUCAGCUACGUUUGAUCGCCGCAAAGCAGACCACUCCUGGUCCCGAAUUCAACUUCGUGAUCUUGGGUGGCAAGAUCAUGCCAGCCUCCAGUGCCUCAGGUUCAAAGCAGUGCUUGCGAGCAAAGAGCAUGAAGCCAAGUACCGCCACCACCAGCAAUGGUCUUAGGAGCAUGGUAAUAGAGAAGGGCCAAGCCAGGAACUAUGCUGCCUGCAAGAGCUACGCCGAAUUCUCCGGCUUUGUCAAACAAGAUGGGUCGUGGAGCCAGGUUUGCCGGGAGUCUGGCUUCUUGCAUGCUGCGGAGCAGGCGAAGAAAGGUAUUUGGGGAUGUACAGCAUCCAUGUUUGUAGCCAGCUGCCAGUUUGGAGAUGUCUUCUCUGAAGUGACGUGGCCAAUUUCAAUAUCCCCGGCCGGUUUUAAGUACAGCUCUCCUGAUUGUGUCCCGCAGUGCGCCAGCCUUGGCUCUGCUUUUGUGAUGCCCAAUGCGAAGCCGCCAUUGCACACUUACCAAGCUCACUAUGACAAAAGCACCGGUUUCUUGAACAUGACUUGCCCUUCUGGCUCUUUCCUUUCACAAAUCACAGGGUCAGCGUCAGCAGAGACCAUCCAGUUUUACUUUGACUGCCGGGGGCCUUGGCCGGCUGUCUUACCGCCUGAUGUGAGCAGUCCGAACAUGGUGCUUUUUGAGGAAUGCAUGAGCGACAGUGAUGUGUACGUUUGGACCGAAACUUGGAGCUUGGAGAAGAUCGGCGCUCACUCAAACGCCUCCACGUGA